UGUGUACAUCGCGCGUGUCUAUUGCCAAUAUCUAGCCAAGAUGCCAGGUAUUCGGGCUGGUAUAGGCCCUUACUCUGAUGAGGCUACCCCUAAGGUGGCUGAUUCGGUAAGGUACCUUAUGCCAAUCGCCAAGCUACUGUUCAUCUUGGUAGCAAUCCUAGGCUUUGGUUUCUGUAUGGCAAUGUUAUUGAUAGCCACUGUAGAGGCUAUACAGUUGCAGGCUAUGACUCCUACUGAGUUCAAGCUAAAAAACGCUGACAUGACCGCCCUAAGCAUAGCUAUCUGUCUGAGUCAUCUAGCGCUCCACUUUCUGGGCUACCGAUGCAGGUUCAUGAAGCUACACUGGACUUCGUGGGACAGUGGAUUGUUCAUACUAGGCUUUGUUGUCGUGAUCGCUGCAUUCUUUGCAGUGUUCAUAGUGGUAAUGCCAGCUGAAGGAAUAAAGCUGUUACCUGACAGUAAAGGCAUUCGUCCCUAUGGCGCCAUAGCAUUUACUGGCCUUGAGCUAUUGGCAAUGUUCGGUUUCAUUAUAUGUGCCAUGAAGACACACUGCUUCGGUGGCUGCAUGACACUUAGCAAGAAGGUGUUUUAUACAUUUGCUUUUAUAUACAUGUUGGUAUUUGCCGCCCAUGCGUAUACUCUAAAAGAAUUACAAGACAACCCGAGUAAAUAUGGAGAAAAUGACACUACCUGGCACAAGCAUAGGUUCAUGGCAGCAGCUAACUACAUCUUCGUGAUUGGACUGUGUAUCAGUGCAUACCAGGUAAACCUCUGCUGUAUGUCAUUUACCAAGUGUGAUGCUGUAUUCAUAUUCCUGACCGGCACUGUUGUAGGCAUAUUGAUAACAGUAUGUCUGUCAAUGUUCCCAGAGAUUACACAAGAGCAAUGGACCCUCGCAGGCCUUAUCGCUAUGCUAUACAUACUUACGGUUGCACUGUUUUUGUACAUACACGCCAAGAGGCCACUGUGCAAGUACUACAACCCAGAUGUAAUAACUUUCGGGAUAUUCGCGCUACUGUUCCUAUUAUUGGUAUCCACCUUGAUAGCCCUGGGUGCUGUUCAUCAUCAACACAUCAGCGGAAUGGCAGGCGACCUUAAAAACAUUGCCCCAAUAGCCAUAUUCGUUUACGGCUUCGUGAUAUUCGUGAUAAUGCUAGUGUUCGGUUUCAAGGGCAAUGCCAUCAAGGUUAUGAAGGCGUUCGCCAAGCAGGUGCGUGACCAGCGGCUCCUUAGCAAAGCCCAUGAGCUAGAGACCGAAGCUUUGUACAACUCAGACUCUGAAACACCGGGUACCGAAUGCAACCUUCGUGGACCAGAGUCAUCAGGAGGUGUCUUCCGUGAUUCGUGGUUACAUCCGACUAAUUGAGUGAUGUAGAGCGGAAUGCAACGUGUUGUACAUAACACUAUUGAGAAUAUGAGCGUUAUUACCAGUGCUAUAGGAUACGGAUGCCUUCUCUUUAGGAAUCAUCGAUGC